AUGUCGAAACAAUCAAAGAAAAAAGAAGCAAAAGCUCAAAACGAUCAAAAAGAUAAUAAUAAAUCAUUGCGAUAUGGACCGAUGCCAACAUUCCCCCGCCAACGAAUAUUCACCAGAGGAAUAAUUGUGAUAUCUACACUCAUUAUCGUAUACUUUACAUCGAGUAAUGAUAAAACUACAAUAUUUGCAUCACAAAAGGAAUCGUUAGCGCAGAGAGUACACACUAUAGAUUGUUCUGACAGUUACAAAACAGAGAUUAGUAGCUAUCCAGAUUGCGUUCCAGAAAAAUGUGGACGAGCUGUUACAGAUAAAUUAAUAACAGGAAAAGAGACUGAUGUUUUAUUGCAAUUAGCGAAAAGUGCAUUUGCGCUUGGUAGCUCUGAUGGUGGUGCAUCUAUCUUAGAUUUACAUUCUGGUGCUUUAUCAUAUGGUAAACAAUUUGUUAAUAUUUAUAGCUUAGAUAAUGCUAAAAACGUAUUUAGUCCUCAAGAUUUUGCUAUUUAUAAGAUUGUAAAAUCAAAAAUUCAUCAUGCUAUUGCUCACAAUUUUGGAGUUGAUAUUAAUAAAAUAUUUUUAACACAUCCAACAUUCUUUUCAAAAAUGACAAAUGCUGAAGCUAAAACAAUUCAUGAUGAAUAUUGGCAUGAGCACGUCGAUAAAGAAACGUAUCCAUCAUUCCAUUACACAUCGUUAUUAUAUUUAACGGAUUAUGGUAAUGAUUUUAAAGGUGGGAAAUUCAUUUUCACAGCUCCUAAUAAUGCAACAGUAGAGCCGAGACGUGGACGUGUGAUAAUGUUUACAUCGGGUGCAGAAAAUCCACAUUUUGUUGAACGUGUUACAAGUGGUACACGAUAUGCUUUAACAGUAUCGUUUACGUGUGAUCAGAAUGAGGCAAUUUCAGAUCCAAAUAUAAAAGAAAAGGAUUUGUAAUUUUUCAAAAAAAUCGUUUAGGAUUUUAUUGCACAGAAAAUAUCGAUACGGGUUAUGAUAUUUUAGAUCUCACCGAAUACAUCUUUUUAAAUUAGGAAAAAUGCCGGUUUUUGAUUUAUUUUUUAUACUUUAAUUUCCAAACAAAUAUUUUUCUUAGGUUAAUUAAUUUCAAAAAAUGAUUUUUAUUUCAAAUAAUUGUGUUUUUGUAAUUAAUUGUAGAUUAGAAAAUUGUAAUUUUCUUGAGUAUUUUCAAGUUAAGGUAUUUUAUACGGAAAUAGAGAUGCAAAAUAAGCAAUAAAUAUGAGGUCGAAAAGCUGGUGGGGGAAUUAAAUUCGAUGUAGUAGCAAUAAUAUUCAUUAAAUCUGUUUAAUUUGCGUACGUAUGGGCUUUGGAAGUUUGCAAUAAAUAGAAGUUAUCGCACAACCAAAAAAGACUGUCUAACACUUAAAAGUUUGAAUAGUAAUUUUUGUAACAUGACAAAAGUUCAAGAGAUGGAUCCUUUUUUUGGUUUCGAUAAUCAAUUUCAAACCUUAAAACAUCAUCGAUUACCACAAUUGUUAGAUUCACGUGUAGUUUGCUCUGUUAACCUCGGGGUCCCACACUAAGUGCAACUAUUACCGAAGUAAAAAGAACAAACUAAUAAUUUACACAAACAAACUUAUUGAAUAAAUAUCGACCGCUAAUAAAAAUCCUCGAAAUAUAUUAAAAAACACCUUACUACAAGUCACGAAUAUAAAAACAAUCAGUCUACACUUAAGAUAAGACUAUGGUUAGCUCAGCAUAAUUUAUUAUUAUUGUAAAGGUGUGCUCGUAUCACAGUUUCAUUUUCGUCUUUUUUUGCCAUAGAGGUCACCAUAGACGAACGGAAUAGGAACCAAAGUUCUUUCUCUUACCUGCGGCACCCUAUCUCGCACACUCUAUAUAUAAUAUCUCUAUGGUUUUAGCGCAUUGGAACAAAUUGUCGAUUAUAUUGGUAAAUAUAAGCGGCUGAUCGUUUCAAACUAAUAACAAUAGUCGUAUUGCUGUUUUGCUAAGAUAACCAUUACAAAAAAUGACGUUAAACAUAAAUGAUCAUUAAAGAUCACUUUCCACGGAUAAGUGCUCAUUGGUUCAAAAUUCUAAAUGGAAAAUGGCCUAUUCCACUGUUGUGAUUGGAAUCAAGCUAUAUGCGUACAUUUAUUACGUAUUGUGAGUUUAUUAAAAGAAAUAACUUACGGAAAUUUAACAAAAAAUGAAACUCGACCAAACGCAAGGUUCAGGUUUCCGCGUUUAUAAAAAAACACCUAUCUUUACCCUCCAAGCUAAUAAUCGGCUCAAAAGUUUUUGGCAAAGCCAGUAAAAAAAGUUUGUAAAUGAUCUAUUAAUAUCUAUAAUGAAUUAUGUCAGCAACAAACCACUUUUAUCCGAUUUUUAUUCUCUUCUGAUAGCAAGAGUAAUAAGUAGGGCUGUCAAAUUUUAGCAGUUAUAUCUAUCCAAAUAUUAGUUGAAUAUUUCGCGCUUUUUUCUGUUAUAUUUUUGGCAUUUUUGGGUUAAUUUCAAAACAUUACAAUAACCCAUUAUCAUUACAUUUAUUCGGGAAUAGGAAGCACGAUAUAAAUCGCGAAUAUGUUUGAAGUAUUCAACAUAUUAGCAGAAGUGCACGUAACUAAAUAGUACAUUCAAAAUAAAAUCCGCCAACGUGUUAAAUAAAAAAAGUCGAAAUUUUCUCAUAAAUUCUGAUAUAAUAUAUAAUAAUUGUUGUUCGUACUGUGAAGUUACUUAUUUUUCACGUUGUAUAUUAAUUAAAAAUGAUGAUUAUGUUUAAUAAUAAUUCUUACAAAUCACAAAGUAAUCAAUGCAUUUGUUACAAAAUCGCGUAUGUGUUCAUUUAAACGAAAUCAAUAUUUUUGA